UCGAUCGGCUGGCGUACCCGGGCACACGUGCGGUAAAUGUGGGAUGCUGUGGUGAAACGGCUUCGAUUCCGCACACUCUUCUGCGCGAAGGAAACCCUCGGCGAUCUACUGUACGCCCAGGUAAGGCUUUGCAUUGGGAAAAACCGAAAUGACACAGUCUACGAUAACCGAAGUAAGGUCAGAUUUAGAAAGAAGUCAGAAUUGUGCGGAACCAUUUUUACUCUAAAAUCCGACAGGCUUGUUCACUCUAAAAAUGUUUGCUUGCACAUGACACAGAAACACGUUUUAAAAUCUUGCAACGAAAGUAAGAUUGACGCCAGAGGACUUUGUCAGCGUUAUCACACAGUGCAUCAUUUGGCGGAAAUGGAGCCUAAUGAAGCCACUGAGGGUUUGAUCGAAAACAAGAAUGAAUCGGUCCAUAUUGCUGCUGGGAACGGGGAAAAGGAAAGCGGCGAAAAACGCAAAAGCGAAGAGGUGGAGGAGCCAGACAAAAGCAGGGUGAAGAAGCGGAGAGGAGCAGGUGGCAAGAAGCUGCGUCAGGGGGAGAGGUACGUUCCGCCCCCGCAAAAGCGAAAUCCCGGCGUCAGCUUCAGCGAGGAGCAUUUCAAAGAGACCUCUUAUUAUUUUGAAGGUGGCCUGCGCAAGGUGUACCCUUAUUUCUUUGACUACAAGACGUAUUGCAAGGGUCGCUGGAUUGGAAAAAGCCUCCGGGAGGUUUUCAGCAGCGAAUUCCGAGCUGAACCAUUAGACUAUUACGAUGAGGCUGUCAAGAGAGGACGCAUACGACUGAAUGAAACUCCCGUCGAUAAUUUGGAUAUUACGUUAAAGAACAACGACUUCCUGCGGAAUACCGUCCACCGGCAUGAGCCACCUGUCUGCGGCCGGCCCCUGGAGAUCCUGGUGGACAAUGGGGAGGUGGUGGUGGUGGACAAGCCGGCGUCUCUGCCGGUGCACCCCUGUGGCCGUUUCCGCCACAACACGGUGAUCUUCAUUCUGGGGAAGGAGCGGGGGCUGUGUGGCCUGCACACCGUGCACCGGCUGGACCGCCUGACCUCAGGGGUGCUGCUGUUCGCCCGCACGCUCAACAUGUCCAAGAGGCUGGACCAGCUGGUCCGGGACAGACAGGUGGAGAAGGAGUAUGUGUGCCGUGUGGUGGGGGAAUUCCCAGAGGGAGAGCUGCUGUGUCAGGAGCCCAUCCUGGUGGUCUCCUUCAAGGUGGGUGUGUGUCGGGUGGACCCCAAGGGCAAGCCGUGCCGCACGGCCUUUCAGAAGCUGAGCUGGAACGGCCGAUCGAGUGUGGUGCUCUGCAAGCCACUCACUGGCCGCACACACCAGAUCCGCGUGCACCUGCAGUUCCUGGGCUAUCCCAUCCUGAACGACCCCAUCUAUGGCUCCUCCGCCUGGGGCCCCACACGGGCCAAGGGAGGCCUGGUGGACAUGAGUGACGAGCAGCUCCUUCAGGCGCUGGUGGAGGAGCACCGCUCCAAGGAGAGCCUGCACCUGUUGGACCUCCCUGAUGACGGCCCCGUUCAGGGGGGAGGUGUGGAGGGGGGGGUGGGUGCCCGUGGAGGUGGUGCGAGUGAAAAUGCAGAUAUUACAGCCUUUGCUUGUAGUGAAAGUGCUGAUUUUGCUUUAGAGCCCUUUAGCGCCUCUCGUGUAUCUGAGGAAAGGCACCUUACAAAUGUCUGCCAGGAAACCUGUCAGUCAAAGGAUCAAGAGCAGAAUGUGGAGAAUGGCUCAGAGGAUCUGAUUACCAGCACAGCCACUCUGCCAAGGAAGGACUCACGCCCCCUGGCCAGUGCAUCAGAGGAAAAGGUAACAAUGGGUCCAGAUGAUGAAUCCACAAUCCAGUCAAAAUCCCCAGAAUCUUCUAGCAGGGCAGGGUGUGGCCCUCAGUUUAAAGAUCCUUUAUGCAGUGAGUGUAAGAUAGUAAGGCCAGACCCUACAGAGAAGGAGCUGGUCAUGUACCUCCAUGCGCUGCGUUAUAAAGGACCAGACUUUGAGUACUGUACUCGCAUGCCAGAUUGGGCCAAAGAGGACUGGGAGGAGGACUGAAGGGAGACCAGCCAGCAGUCAGAGAAACUCCCUGUGCAAUCUGGCUGCUGUAGAUGCUGUCAAAAUAUCCUGGAGUAGGGUUUCUCUCUUAAGGGCAUGGAGUGAAUAACAUGUAAUUUCACACACAUGAAAGAGAGGUUUGAGUUGGAGGUUUUAUUUGCUGUGGCAGAAUUGGAUGGGAGAAACCGGGCUUUGGCAAGGCAUUUCUCUCUGCUUGAAAUGUAUUUUCCAUUUAACUCCCAUUUAACUUCCAUUUAACUUUAAUUAAAAGUAAAAGUUUUAAUUUGCUUUUGGUUGGUUCUCGAUGUCAUUCUCUUAUCAUGCAGGAUGCUUUA